AUGGAAAAAAAAGAUUCAAUUAUAGUUUCCAAUCUAGAUUCAAAUAAUAGUAGUAACUUGCUACCUAUUGAAAAUUAUCUUGCAGAAUGGGAAAAAAUAUGUAUUGAUUUUUUUAAUUAUGGAAAUAAAAUUAACAGAGAUGUUAUUAAACUAGUUGAAAAUAGUAAGAUUACAAAUGGAGAUGUUAAGAUUGAUUUCAGU